AAAGAGAGGCGCCGUGCUCGCGCUUUCGGUGUCUGGUUCCUGUACUGACAGCCAGCUGUGCGAUUAUAACGACAACAAUCUCGGGGAUUUGAUAAAUCCAGCGGUCAAAGCUCAACUCCUAUUGUUUUGGAAGAACACAUUUAACAGAUAAAUAUUUCUGAUCUUUAUAACUUAGCUAGAGAGAAAGCAUUUCUCAAACAUGAAUCCGUCGUGUGGCAGAUGUGGCAGAGUCGUGUAUCCCACGGAAAAAGUGAAUUGUCUGGACAAGUACUGGCACAAAGGAUGCUUCAGCUGUGAGAUCUGCAAAAUGACUCUAAACAUGAAGAAUUACAAAGGCUUUGAAAAGAGACCAUACUGCAAUGCACACUACCCCAAGACAAACUUCACCUGCGUGGCCGACACUCCCGAGAACCUCCGCCUGAAACAGCAGAGCAAGAUGCAGAGCCAGGUGCAGUACAAGGAGGAGUUUGAGAAGAACAAAGGGAAGGGCUUCAGUGUUGUGGCUGACACGCCAGAGAUGCAGAGAAUCAAGAAAACACAGGACCAUAUCAGCAAUAUUAAGUACCACGAGGAGUUUGAGAAGACCCGGGCGGGAGGAGAGACCCCAUCUCCCCAGCCCAACAGCCCCAAUCCAGUGUUUCAGUCUCACCAGCCUGCUGCAUCCCAGCACUACAACUAUGAACCAGCAGCCGCUCCAGAACCAGUCCGCCAGGUGGCCGCCGCCCCUCCUCCCAGCUCUGGGAAGAGGUACCAGGCUGUGUAUGACUACGCUGCAGCCGAUGAGGACGAGGUGGGCUUCCUGGAAGGAGAUGUGAUCGUAGACGCGCAGGUGAUCGACGAGGGCUGGAUGUAUGGCCGUGUGGAGCGCACCGGGCAACAGGGAAUGUUGCCUGCCAACUACGUGGAGGCCAUCUGAUCUGAGGGAGGAAGGGAGAGAAGGAGAUGGGAGGAGGCGGAGGAAGGGAGGGGGGAAUAUGAAACGCCCAGUGCCAUCUCAUCUUAACGCCAGUUUCUCUUUCGUUCGCUCUUGUUCACCGAUCUGUCCUGUGAGAUUAUCUCCUCCCUUCCUCCCGGUGUACCCUCUACAACAGACUCCCUUGGUCUGUCCAUCUUGUCUGUCUCUGUCUGUGCUGCUGUCUGUCUGUCUCUGGAGGUCUGUCGUCCUCCGUCUGUCUCUGUCUUUCUGCCUGUCUCUGUUCCAGUUCUUCUGUCCAUUUUAGGUGCCGUCAGGCGGAGUCCUCCUAUCAGUAGCGCGUGACUCCAUCUUAAAGGCUGUGUCUCAGCUCUGUCCCAGCUACAGCGCCUCAUACUCCAGCUAACUGCGAUGCAAAACGACACGGACCCCUCCCCCGCCCUGUCAAUCAAUGUACAGUUGCCAUGACAGCGGAGAACCGCAGCAAAUGUGGCCAUGAGAAAUGAGUUUGGAAUGUGGGUGUGGCAUCUUUUGGAAUCAUUUUGAUUGUUUUCAAAUUUUUGCGACAGGCUCAAAAGGGCCUCGCUGGAGGCUAAGUGUAGAUUCUCUUUAUGUCUGUCAGUCAGAACCAAGCUGGAAUCUUUGACCUGUGUACAUUCCAUUUACCCUCAACGCCCCAUCGUUGUUGUGGCAUCAGUCAGGAGCUACCGUAACAGUCUUACUAGAGAGGUUUUAUAUAUUUAUAUAUCAACACAUACACAUUUCUCAAUAUCACACUUAUCUAUGCCCUCUCACCUCUCUAACCCUGUGCUGCACUGCUUUGUGGGUAUUGUAGUGAAACUUAACUGGAAUCCUAACUGAAGCCUCCUGUCCUUGCCUGUUGAGAACAGGAGGGAUCAGGGACAAGUUAGUUGGGGGGACGUGGUUACAGAACGCCCCCCCUCUGACCCGCUUCUUACAAUCACACUAUGACAUCAUUAUCUUGGUGGGUGGUUGGGUGUCAACAUCCACCUCAUUCCUGCCGGGACCCACUUGCAGCUUCAAAGGCUUUUAGACAGUCUUAAAGAAAGGGUCCCGUGCCCAUUCCAAAAGCGACGACAUCUCUGAGUUGACAAUUGUAUUUGUGGAGGCCAAGCAUGAUUUUUUUUUUAUGAAUAUAUAUUUUUUUGUCAUUCCAUUGUUUGUUUAAUGAUUGAACAUUCCAGUUCGUUACGAGAAGUGUCCUGGCUGUGGUAGAUGUUAUUGGUGUCUGUAACUCAUAAUGCAUUUCUUCCCCUUUGCUUUUGUAUUGAAAGGGGCUUAUUUUAAAAAUGUUGAUGUAUCAAGUACAUUUAACAAGUAAAUCGGCAACUGGACUUUAAGAACCCAAUAAGACAGGCUAGUUUGUAUGUGUGAGCUUCUCAACAGACACACCUCGAGCCACUGUGUUAAUGUCAACCAGAACCGUUCCUGGUUUUUCAAUCUUUGGCCUAAUAACCUCAACCUAAUUUGCCUGUUGUGUUGUGCCAACCAGUGACUGGACUAUCUUUCCUACUUAUCGCUUGACCUUGGAACUGAGCAGAGGAGAACUGUGUUCUGGGCCACAUUCAGUUGCCAAAUAGAAAUGCCCUGAAUAGAGCUGACAUGAUUACUUAUUUUACAUGUCAGAAAAGCACGUUUGUUCUACGUAGCCUGAUUCUAUCUGAAAAUCCCCAAAGGUUUGCGUCCUAUUGAACGCUUGCGCGGAGUGUCCGUUUCAUGAACACAAAUCGUGGUUAUUGGUGAGCCGUCACCACGGCAUGGCGACACAAGGCCCUGUUCACUCACCUCCAUCAUAGAUGUAGAACAUCAGGAACAGACACACAUUUCCGUAGUACAUUCCCCAGCUGUAUACUGGUAGCUACUGUGUUACAUUGUUGUCUCACAGAAUACGCUGGUUUAAGGAACAAUGGAUUUGUCCGCUCCACUUUGCCGGUCGGGCUGUCACACAGACGAUGGGUAGCCCCGGUGAUGAUGGUCGACAAGGUGGAAACUCUUUGUUUUAACCCCAGUUCCACCCGUAAGUCAUUCUGGGUGUUUUAAAUGACUGACCUGUCAAAGACAGGGAUCUGGCUCAGUCCUGGGUCAACUCCGCUCCUGUACCUCUGCUCUCAGUCCCUCUUCUGUUUCUUUUCUGGGAUACACUGGGUCUGCCACAAACAUGAGGUGUCGAGAACAUUUUCAAAUAAUUUUCAGCUUUAAAAACCGGGGAUAAAAUGCUCUCACCAUGUAGAUUAUGUGAUGAUGAUAUUUUGUGUAACGGGUGGCCGGUCUGGGUUUGCGUUACGAUGGGCCUCGGUGCUACAGGAGUUUUUUUUUGCCUGCCAACUCUAGACGUAGUAUGAGAAGAUUGGUGCUUUUAUUGUGGUGAGGGGGGGAUGUAAAGGUAGUGAUAAAAUACCCCAUUGAAAUACCCUUUGGUGAGACGUGACAAACAAUAUGGUGGUGAACAUAUUCUGGGGGCUUUGUAACCACUAUGAUGUCUAACAAUUAUGUUGGUGAUUAGUUGAAUUGGAAUUAACGCCUCAAGGUGUGGACAGAAGGGCAAGUCUAGGCUUGUUUAGCAUCCGUGACCUCUUACCUGGCAACUGGACGCGUUUCUACUGUGACACUGUAUGAAGAACGGGCUGCUUUGGGGCCCAGCUAUUUCAAGUCUUAUUUUGCUUUGCCGCAGCAAGUGAAGAAAGAACCAGGAGGUGGAGAUGGUUUGGCUUAAGUUAAAUAUAUUUUGUAAUGGAUUUCCUUGUGCAGUAUCUGCAGUUAAUGCCCCUAAAAAAAAAAUGAAUUGAAGGCUUUGGCUGUGUGUUUUCAAAUAGUGAAUUUCCAAGGCCAUAAACUGCUGUUUUCUUCUGCAGUGAUGUGGUUGGUUUAUUGGUGGAUUUAAAAGGGAGAUCGGCGAUUGCAGGGAGGGUGCCCAUUCAGAAACCAAUCCCAAGUGGUCAAGGGUGAGCCAGUGGUGUUUUACUGAGUGAAAUGUUGGGGAUAGACCACAUUGGCAAGGUAUAGACAAAUCUCAUUCCAUGUUGUCUACUGGGCUGGAUGGGGCCAGCAGAGAGAAGCCGUAAAAAACGUUUACUACUAGCCCAGCCUCGGAGAGGGACCAGGUAAAAACACGAACUACUAGCCCAGCCUCGGAGAGGGACUUGGUAAAAACACGAACUACUAGCCCAGCCUCGGAGAGGGACGAAGGAUAAGACUUGGAAUCAGCCAGGCGACCAGUAGUCUCCUCUGCUUCGGCAUCAUUCAUUCUAGACCUCUGCUGUAUCAUAGCUCACUUCAUCCCCAAAUGUAUAUGCUCCUAUGACCUCGCGCGCAACCCUAAAUAGACUCCUACUAUGUCCUGUGCUUCUGUUGAAUCAAUCAUUUCCUGCUCUUGUCGAUGCUGGUGUAGAAAUGCAGAUAGAAAUCAUGUGAACCACACGCUGACCUUAGCAUUCAGACCAAUGUUGUGCAUUCCACCUUAACAAUGAUUUUGUUUUGAUAUCAUUUUGGUUCUUCCUAUUUUUUUU